AUGGCCCCCCUCUCGCAACACCAGACUCAGGACGGCCCAAGAAAAAGAAAGGGGCCUUACGGCGUGCACAUAGCAACGACUCACAGUCAAUGUCAGACCCCAGACGAUCCAGAACCCGAGCCUGAGGCAGAGACCAUGCCAGAAGCCCUCCUUGAGGAAGAUUAUCAGGGGCCCUAUCUCAAUAAAAUGUAUGGGCUGGCGGCGUGGAAGCGUUGGGUGACGGGAAAGAACGCGGAGCUGGCAGGGGUCUCUUCCUCACGUAGUAUGAAACUCGUACCCGAAGACUUACUUACCAUGAAUUGUGAGGAACUGAACUAUGCCCUCUGUCUCUUCCUAAAAGAUCUGAAGAAGCCCAAUGGGGAAACCUACCAGCCCGAUACUAUCUAUUACCUCCUCCUUGGGAUUCAGCAACACCUUUUUGAGAGUUCAAGAAUAGAUUGCAUCUUCAUGGAUUUUGGAUUUGAGAAGUUCACCAACAGCCUCGAUGAAAUUACGAAAACAUUUCUAAAAUCUACUCCAUCACCAAGUUUGUCAUCCCCCUGUUCCCUGCCUGUAACGCGAAUAACGGAAGCCAUGCUGUGGGAAUGUCGACAGCUGGGUGCGCACACACCCCAGGUCUUAUUAAACACUCUCUUCUUUUGUGAAAGUAUUCAAACUCAAGACUGUAGAGGACCACCUUAACAUGUCAUUUGUGCAAAUAGUUAAGCAGUGGCGACGGACCACCAUAGGGAGAGAAGGAUCCGUGUCCAGAACUGCGCUUCUCAAAUAUUAUCCUAAAAAGUCCUCAGUCGAAGAGUCAAAACCUGCACCAAAUUAUGAAAUGCAUGAGAAUCGCGAUGACCCUCUAAGAUGCCCAGUGAAACUUUACGAAUUUUAUUUGUCAAAAUG